UUUGCCGGAUCCACUCGGUUUCCCUCCGGUCUCCACAUUUUCCCUUCCAGCCCUCACUCCUCCGGAUCAAUGGAGAGUAGGGCUCCAACUCCGGGCUCGCACCGCUGGCGGACACCCGGUAACAAGUGAGAGCGCUUCUCCCGCUGCUCCUUCCGCGGUCCCCUUGGCUCCUGGAGGAAAAAGCGAACCACAUCCCCGGCUCCCGGGAGGAUUUUUCUCUCCAACUUUCCCCGCGGAGGACAGGGACCCAGCCUCCACCUUUCCCCCGCGGCCGGCCAGGGGCUCGCUCUCCUCUGUCUCCCGGGGUCCCUCCUGGAAGGUCUGCGUGCUGAUGCCUCGGAAGCCGCGCGGAGCGCUGUCCUCCGUCCUGCGGCUCCCGCGGGCGCCCUGAGUUACUUUGCCGGGGUGUUGCCGGGCCUCGGGCUCCCUUGGACUUUUUGCUGGAUGGAACUUUUCGCUGCCUCUUUUCGCCGCUGACCUGUCAGGGGUCCGGGAGAAAGGCUUCGGAAGCAGAAGAGGCGCCGGGGCGGUGGGGAGAGAGGUGGAGGAAGAGGACGGGGAGGAGGAGGAGGAGGAAGAGGAGGAGGAGGAGGCCAGAGGGGCUCUGCGGGCAGGAGUGCGUGCAUGAGUGCAUGCGUGUGUGAGUGCAUGUGUGUGCGAGCCGCCGCUGCCCAGGACCCCCGGCCCCGAAGGUGUUGGCUGAAAUAUGGAGAAUAGCCGUGGCCGUGCCCGGGGACCCCCGCUGGCUUUUGUACUCCUUGGAGCUACCCUGCUCGGCGCGCAUCUCCAAGUCACCGGUUUCCAGAUCAAGGCUUUCACGUCCCUGCACUUCCUGUCGGAACCUUCGGAUGCCAUCACCAUGCGGGGAGGAAAUGUCCUCCUGAACUGCUCCGCGGAGUCCGACCGAGGAGUCCCUGUCAUCAAGUGGAAGAAAGACGGCAUCCCCCUGGCCUUGGGGGUGGACGAAAGGAAGCAGCAACUUCCCAACGGGUCUCUGUUGAUACAAAACGUACUGCACUCCAGGCACCAUAAGCCAGACGAGGGCCUUUACCAAUGCGAGGCAUCUGUAGGCGACGCGGGGUCCAUCACCAGUCGGACAGCAAAAGUCGCAGUCGCAGGACCUCUGAGGUUUCUCUCCCAGACGGAGUCUGUCACGGCCUUCAUGGGAGACACGGUGUUACUCAAGUGUGAAGUCAUUGGGGAGCCCAUGCCCACGAUCCACUGGCAGAAAAACCAGCAGGACCUGGCUCCGGUCCGGGGCGACUCCCGGGUGGUGGUCUUGCCCUCUGGCGCCCUGCAGAUCAGCAGACUUCAGCCUGGGGACACGGGAAUCUACCGGUGCACAGCCCGCAAUCCAGCCAGCUCGAGGACAGGAAAUGAAGCCGAAGUCAGGAUCUUAUCAGACCCAGGAUUGCAUAGGCAGCUUUAUUUCCUGCAAAGACCCUUCAAUGUGGUAGCCAUCGAAGGAAAGGACGCUGUCCUGGAGUGCUGUGUGUCCGGCUAUCCUCCCCCGAGCUUCACCUGGUUGCGAGGAGAGGAAGUCGUCCAACUCCGGUCCAAAAAGUAUUCGCUAUUGGGUGGAAGCAACUUGCUUAUCUCCAAUGUGACAGAUGAUGACAGUGGAACUUACACCUGCGUUGUCACAUAUAAAAAUGAGAAUAUCAGUGCUUCUGCAGAGCUUACUGUCUUGGUUCCGCCCUGGUUCUUAAAUCACCCGUCCAACCUCUACGCCUACGAGAGCAUGGACAUCGAGUUUGAGUGCGCGGUCUCGGGAAAGCCGGUGCCCACCGUGAACUGGAUGAAGAACGGAGACGUGGUCAUUCCUAGUGAUUAUUUUCAGAUCGUGGGAGGAAGCAACUUGCGGAUCCUUGGAGUGGUCAAGUCGGAUGAGGGCUUUUAUCAGUGUGUGGCUGAGAACGAGGCUGGGAAUGCCCAGACCAGUGUACAGCUUAUCGUCCCUAAGCCUGCGAUCCCAAGCUCCAGUGUGCUCCCCUCCGCUCCCAGAGAUGUGGUCCCUGUCCUGGUUUCCAGUCGGUUCAUCCGUCUCAGCUGGCGCCCACCCGCAGAAGCAAAAGGGAACAUUCAAACCUUCACCGUCUUUUUCUCCAGAGAAGGCGACAACAGGGAACGAGCAUUGAAUACGACCCAGCCUGGGUCCCUUCAGCUCACCGUGGGGAACCUGAAGCCAGAAGCCAUGUACACCUUCCGCGUGGUGGCCUACAAUGAGUGGGGUCCGGGGGAGAGUUCGCAACCCAUCAAAGUGGCCACUCAGCCUGAGUUGCAAGUUCCAGGGCCAGUAGAAAACCUGCAAGCUGUAUCUACCUCACCUACCUCAAUUCUCAUUACCUGGGAACCCCCUGCCUAUGCAAAUGGCCCAGUUCAAGGUUACAGAUUGUUCUGCACUGAGGUGUCCACGGGGAAGGAACAGAAUAUAGAGGUUGAUGGACUGUCUUAUAAGCUGGAAGGCCUGAAAAAAUUCACGGAAUACAGUCUUCGAUUCCUAGCUUAUAAUCGCUAUGGGCCCGGAGUCUCUACUGACGACGUAACGGUGGUUACGCUAUCUGAUGUGCCAAGUGCCCCACCUCAGAACGUCUCACUGGAAGUGGUGAAUUCGAGGAGUAUCAAAGUGAGCUGGCUGCCUCCUCCAUCCGGAACACAAAAUGGAUUUAUUACCGGCUAUAAAAUUCGACACAGGAAGACGACCCGCAGGGGCGAGAUGGAAACAUUGGAGCCAAACAACCUCUGGUACAUGUUCACAGGACUGGAGAAAGGAAGUCAGUACAGUUUUCAAGUGUCAGCCAUGACAGUCAAUGGCACGGGACCAGCUUCCAACUGGCACACAGCGGAGACCCCAGAGAAUGAUCUAGAUGAGUCUCAAGUCCCUGACCAGCCGAGCUCUCUUCAUGUGAGGCCCCAGACCAACUGCAUCAUCAUGAGCUGGACUCCUCCCUUGAACCCAAACAUCGUGGUGCGAGGUUACAUUAUUGGUUAUGGCGUUGGAAGCCCUUAUGCCGAGACAGUGCGUGUGGAUAGUAAGCAGCGGUAUUAUUCCAUCGAGAGGUUAGAGUCCAGUUCCCAUUAUGUAAUCUCCCUAAAAGCUUUCAAUAACGCAGGAGAAGGUGUUCCUCUGUAUGAAAGUGCCACCACCAGGUCUAUGACAGACCCCACUGACCCAGUUGAUUAUUAUCCUUUGCUUGAUGAUCUCCCCACCUCGGUCCCAGAUGUCUCCACCCCCAUGCUCCCACCAGUAGGUGUACAGGCUGUGGCUUUGACCCACGAUGCCGUGAGGGUCAGCUGGGCAGACAACUCUGUCCCCAAGAACCAGAAGGCGUCCGAAGUACGACUUUACACUGUCCGGUGGAGGACCAGCUUUUCUGCAAAUACGAAAUACAAGUCAGAAGACACAACAUCCCUGAGUUACACAGCAACAGGCCUCAAACCAAACACCAUGUACGAGUUCUCAGUCAUGGUAACAAAAAACAGAAGGUCGAGCACUUGGAGCAUGACGGCACAUGCCACCACAUAUGAAGCAGCCCCGACCUCUGCUCCCAAGGAUCUGACAGUCAUUACUCGGGAAGGGAAGCCCCGUGCUGUCAUUGUGAGCUGGCAGCCUCCCUUGGAAGCCAAUGGGAAAAUCACGGCUUACAUCUUGUUUUAUACCUUGGACAAGAACAUACCAAUUGAUGACUGGGUUAUGGAAACAAUCAGUGGUGAUCGUCUUACUCAUCAGAUCAUGGAUCUCAACCUUGACACUAUGUAUUACUUUCGAAUUCAAGCACGAAAUGUGAAAGGAGUGGGGCCCCUCUCGGAUCCCAUCCUCUUCAGGACUCUGAAAGUGGAGCACCCUGACAAAAUGGCUAACGACCAAGGUCGCCAUGGAGAUGGAGGUUAUUGGCCAGUUGAUACCAAUUUGAUUGAUAGAAGUACUCUCAAUGAACCACCCAUUGGCCAGAUGCACCCCCCUCAUGGCAGCGUCACUCCUCAGAAGAACAGCAACCUGCUGGUGAUCAUUGUGGUCACCGUUGGCAUCAUCACGGUGCUGGUGGUGGCGAUCGUGGCCGUGACUUGCACCCGGCGCUCUUCAGCCCAGCAGAGAAAGAAACGGGCCACCCACAGUGUUGGCAAAAGGAAGGGCAGCCAGAAGGACCUGCGGCCCCCUGAUCUUUGGAUCCAUCAUGAGGAGAUGGAGAUGAAAAACAUUGAGAAGCCAUCAGGCACCGACCCUACCGGGAGGGACACCCCCAUCCAAAGUUGCCAAGAGCUCACACCAGUCAGUCACAGCCAGUCAGAAACCCAAAUGGGGAGCAAAAGCACCUCUCAUUCAGGUCAGGACACUGAAGAAGCAGGGAGCUCCAUGUCCACUCUGGAGAGGUCACUGGCUGCACGCCGAGCCACCCGGGCAAAACUCAUGAUUCCUAUGGAUGCCCAGUCCAGCAAUCCUGCUGUUGUGAGUGCCAUUCCUGUGCCAACCCUAGAAAGUGCCCAGUACCCAGGAAUCCUUCCGUCUCCCACGUGUGGAUACCCCCACCCACAGUUCACACUCCGGCCUGUGCCAUUCCCAACGCUGUCAGUGGACCGAGGUUUCGGAACAGGAAAAACAGUGAACGAAGGACCAACCACCCAACCUCCACCCAUGUUGCCCCCAGCGCAGCCUGAGCAUCCCAGCAGCGAGGAGGCACCAAGCAGGACCAUCCCCACAGCCUGUGUCCGACCCACGCAUCCGCUCCGCAGCUUUGCUAACCCCUUGCUACCUCCGCCAAUGAGUGCAAUCGAACCGAAAGUCCCUUACACGCCGCUCUUGUCUCAGCCAGGGCCUGCUCUUCCUAAGACUCAUGUGAAGACGGCCUCUCUUGGGCUGGCUGGGAAGGCAAGGUCUCCUUUGCUUCCUGUGUCUGUGCCAACGGCCCCUGAAGUGUCUGAGGAGAGCCACAAACCAACAGAGGAUCCAGCCAAUGUGUACGAACAGGAUGAUUUGAGUGAACAAAUGGCAAGUUUGGAAGGGCUAAUGAAGCAACUUAAUGCCAUCACAGGCUCGGCCUUCUAACACCUAUUGCCGGGUAGAUGGGGUGAAUUUUCCGGGAACUUUGCAGCAUAUCAAUGACCCAUCAACAGCACACCUGUGUCCAAGAACUCCCACCAGUGCACAGGCCAACUGUCAGGACCACUCAGUUCCAGAAGAACCUGAAGCAGUGCAGGAGGAGGAGUAAUCGUCCCUUCUGGCACAGGCAUCAGGAAUUCGAAUAUGAUGACAAUGGGUUCCCUCCACAAACACAAGGAUACGUCCUCACCGCACUGUCGGAGCUGAAGCUGCAAGAAUAGUCCUGGGUCUUUCCCGCCGCAGUGAUCUCACUGCCACAACUAAUGCUUAUGUUUCCUUCAUCCAGGCCUGUCAUCUCCUUACGUGUAGGUCUAGUCUUACAAAAUGCAAGUGCAUUACUUAAGCCUGUACCCUGCCAUGGCAAACCAGUGCGAGUUCAUUCUUUCAUUUGCAACUUACAAGUUCAAAGCACCCCCAGGAAUUCUCUCGACAUAGCACCAAAGGAUUGGAAGUUUUCCUGACAGCACAAAAAGUCAACAAGUAAACAAACAAAAGGCAGCAAAUGCUUGUGUUUUGUAACUCGGUCAUUCCUCUUGCCCAGGUGGUGGGUAUUAGCAAGUGGCUGUAACACUCACCCAUUUUUAGCGAGUAUUUGUAAGUCCACCCGUGGUUAACACUUACCAUUACGUCUGGAGAACAGGGACAUAAAAGUCUGCACCCACAGCAGCAGUCCAUUUCCUGUAAGGGGAUAAAAUAUGCAGUCUUCUCAGACACGCGGUAAUUAUGUGCUUAAGGCCAUAAUAGGACACUCUUCGAUUUGGGUGGCUUUUAGGCCAUACCACACUGUGAUGACAUUUCAAAGAUGCACCAAGGCCAUCUUCCUCAGGAGUCUGGCUGAAAGAGUUCCCCCGUCCUCCCCACCCCUCCCUGAGUUCUCCUUGGCAGCCAGCCUUGGGCCAGGGGGCCAGCUCCACACAUCACAUGGCCUCCUGACCAAGGUCCCUAUAACCUUCUGCAGAAAUGACAGACUCCUUGAGAACAGGCCCCGAGGAAGGGAAGGAAGAUGGAAGGCAGUUUCAAAUAUCAAGUGACUUGAUGUCACUUCCACCAACAGGGUUCCCACUGGCUUAGAGUGAGCAGUAUUGGUAAGUGGCAACCAACGGGCCCUGUUGUCAAGGGAACCUCCUAUCCCCACCCCAGCUCCCACCCACUGCCCCCAGCUUCCCAGAGUCAGAGAGGAGCAGAGGGUGAGAAGCCACUGGACACCUCUGACACAUCCUAAUUCCGGUAGCUGCUUGUCAAAGCUGCGUUCAUUGUGAGCUAGAAUCUUAAGCUUUUAUUGCCAUGUUUGUCAACCAUUUGGAACUACGUGAAAUUAAGAACAUUUUGAGUGCAACCUUUUAGUUUCUGAAUUUUCAGCUGCAUUUGGAAUUAAUCCCUGUUUAUGCAGCUGAAUCGCCAAAAGAGAGCUAGUUUGCAUAUUUAUCAGUUAGGCAACUUGAAAACCCAAUAGGAAAGUUUCCGCUGAAUUAUUCCUUUCAGCUCUGCCUUUGAUUUCAAGCUUGAGUAGGUCAUAAUUUUAAAAGAGCAUGGAAGGAUAGAAUCUUUACAACCUAAUAGCUCCUUUUAUUAGGUGGGUAAUUAUAUACAAAUCCCUGAAUGAACUAUUUUGAGCAAAAUGGCACUGUAACAGAAGUAAUAAUUCAGAUUAUUUUUUUACAGUUUUAUGUCGGGAAGGAGAUCUGGUGUCAGAGAGAGAGAGAGGGGGCUUGUUCAAAUGGUUCAUUAGGAAGUCCGGUCCAUUGGUGAAAUCGUUCCUUCAACAAGAGUGCUUGUUCAAUUUACUAAGACUUUCUUGAAGUCCUUCUGAAGAGCUACAUGACGUUAUCCUGCGGGCUGUAUUACUCUUAUUUAACAUCUGGGCGCUUAGUAGGACCCAUUGACCUGGAACAAGGCAUUUCAUAUUGAAUCUCCAGAAAGAAUUCAUUACUUCAAAAGAGAAAAUGUUCAGUAGACUAGUCUUACCUUCUCGGGGUCCUCGAAUGGCUUCCCCUUUCUAAUAUUCACAACACUCAAGGCACUUGACAUGCAAGAAAGGGCCCCCUGGAUGCUCAGUUUGUAGUAGACUGCCAAUCUCAGACUUCAGGGGUUGAGGCCCAUCUUCAAUCUGUAGGCUGUAUCUGAACAAUCAAGACAACUAUCAUGUUUACAAAAUUCUAGACUCUUCAAAUCAAAGUCAUUGACCUUAGGAAAUAACAUUUUUUUAAAUACACAAAAAUGCACGUUGUUUUUAGUGGGGGGUAUAUUUCUGAUGCAUACUCUCAAAACAAAUAUAAUGGUUCAUUUUAGUAAUUAUCGGCAAUGUUAAUAUGCCUCAGCUCCAUGCAGUGAAUAUAUGGAAGUAUCCAUUUAAAUUAUCUCAAGAGACUAUUGUGUGAUUUACCCAGUGGUUUCAAUAUACAAUGAGUUCACCACAACUCCCAUACAACUCUGUUCCCCACUCAAAUAGCUCACAUAUGUGUCCAACUGCCUGACCAAGUUUACAGGUGACUUUUAAACUUCCCAAUCCCCUGAUCUCUUGACAAGAGGAAAUCUGGGAAUAUUGCAAGAUUGCCUCCAUUUUGCUCCUACUCUGAGUCUAGCCCAUGACAUACAGGGCUCUUGAAGCUCCUAAAUCUGAUUCCCAUAGGGCGAUGCGUGACAGCCAUCCAGCAAUGCUGCCGCCAGGACUCCCUUCUCCCUGCAAAAGAAGCCAAUAAACCUUGGCAGGGCAUGCUCGGGCCUCCCCUGCCCUGUGCUGACCUGUCAGGCGAGAGCUGCUUCGGGAAAGCUUUCGGUAUUUUUAUUUUGCAUUUCUUUCUGAUAAAGCUCGUAGGUAGUUCAAAAGGCAUAAGGCAUGUUUGGAUGAUGCUCUAGCCAAAAGUUAAGUAUUUCUCAGUGAUUCACAUUCAGUAAGAAACCAGUCAUAGCUACCUCCGUGUAGAACAGAGUUAGAAGCUUCUAGAAUAUUUAAUGGGACUUUACAUUUGGGUGUUAUAAAAUACACAUUCAAUUGAGCAAUCUGGAAAAAAAAAUAAGCAUAUCAAGCUUUGGCACUCACUGGCUUUUCCAAUAAAUAAUCUCUAAGUACAGGUCUUUCCAGAAACUUUUGUAGUCUGUGCUUGAAGACGGUUACUCAUUUUUAUCCCCUCCCCCUUUUUUUAUAGUUUAUUGCUCUUUUAGAGACAGGGAGGAAGGGAGAGGGA